CGAGGAUAUGAUGUCAAGGCCAGAGCCGGGGCUGGGAUGUAUGGUGGGGCACCGGCUCGGAUGCGAGGAGCCGGAGAGCGGCUGAGGCGAGAGAGAGGACGCGAGGCGCCGGAGGCAGCUCCGGCCUGCUGGGCGCGGGAGGAAGAGGAGCGGGAGAAAGGCCGCCUUGGCCUGGCGGAGUCAGGCCCCUGAGGAGAAAAGGAAAAGGCGCGAAGGGAGAAGAGGAGGAGGAGGAGGCGGCAUCGGCGACCACCACCCCUUAACUCCUGCUGCUAAGAAUUGGGCUCCGUCCGGUUGGGGACGCCGCGAUGUCGAGCAGCGCCGUGUCGGACCCCCAGCACCCGGCCCGGCUCCUGAGGGCGCUGAGCUCCUUCCGCGAGGAGGGCCGCUUCUGCGACGCCCAUCUGGUGCUGGAGGGCGAGGAGAUCCCCGUGCAGACCAACAUCCUGGCGGCCGCCAGCCCUUACAUCAGAACAAAGCUGAACUAUAAUCCUCCAAAGGAUGAUGGCUCCACAUAUAAAAUUGAACUUGAAGGGAUAUCUGUUGAUAUUAUGAAAGAGAUUUUGGACUACAUCUUCAGUGGUCAGAUCAAACUAAGUGAAGACACCAUCCAGGACGUUGUGCAGGCUGCUGAUUUAUUGCUUCUCACAGACCUGAAAACUCUGUGCUGUGAGUUUCUGGAAGGUUGCAUUGCUGCUGAGAACUGUAUUGGAAUCCGGGACUUUGCACUACACUAUUGUCUGCGUCAUGUUCAUUAUCUUGCCUCCGAAUAUCUGGAAACACACUUCCGGGAUGUUAGCAGUACGGAGGAGUUUCUGGAACUGAGUCCUCAGAGAGCAAAAGAAGUACUGUCCUUGGAGAAGCUGAAUGUUGGGAAUGAAAGACAUGUUUUUGAAGCAGUUAUUAGAUGGAUCUCCCAUGACCCUGAGUUAAGAAAGGUUCACAUGAAGGAUGUAAUGUCAGCUGUGUGGGUAUCUGGGCUAGAUGCUACCUACUUGCGUGAGCAAAUGAUGAAUGACCCACUGGUACGGGAGAUUGUCAAAGAAUGUAGCAACAUUCCACUCACUCCGCCACAGCAGGGGGAGGCAAUGCUAGCUUCUUUUAAACCCAGAGGAUACUCGGAGUGCAUUGUCACUGUUGGUGGUGAAGAAAGAGUAUCCCGGAAACCAUCAGCAGUAAUGAGGUGUAUGUGCCCUCUUUAUGACCCUAACAGACAGCUAUGGAUAGAACUGGCUCCUUUAAGUACACCUAGGAUAAAUCAUGGUGUGCUUUCAGCAGAAGGGUUCCUGUUUGUACUUGGAGGGCAAGAUGAAGAUAAAGCCACUUUAAACUCUGGAGAAAAGUAUGAUCCAGAUACCAAUUCAUGGAGUUCUUUACCACCAAUGAAUGAGGCACGGCACAACUUUGGCUUGGUAGAGAUUGAUGGAGUGUUAUAUGUUCUGGGAGGCGAGGAUGGAGAACGGGAACUCAUCUCUAUGGAGUGCUAUGACAUUUAUAAUAGGACUUGGACGAAGCAACCAGACCUGACAAUGAUUAGGAAGAUUGGUUGCUAUGCGGCUAUGAAAAAGAAGAUCUAUGCAAUGGGCGGGGGUUCGUAUGGCAAGCUUUUUGAGUCUGUUGAAUGUUACGACCCAAGGAUCCAGCAGUGGACAGCUAUCUGUCCGCUAAAAGAGAGGAGGUUUGGGGCUGUGGCCUGUGGAGUUGCUUCAGAACUUUAUGUCUUUGGUGGAGUGAGAAGUCGUGAUGACAAUCAAUCCAGUGAGAUGGUGACGUGUAAAUCAGAAUUCUAUCACGAUGAAUUUAAAAGGUGGAUCUACUUGAAUGAUCAGAACUUAUGCAUCCCAGCCAGUUCUUCAUUUGUGUAUGGAGCUGUGCCCAUUGGGGCUAGUAUCUAUGUGAUUGGGGAUCUUGAUACAGGUACCAAUUAUGAUUAUGUUCGAGAAUUUAAAAGAAGCACCGGAACUUGGCACCAUACUAAGCCGCUCUUUCCAUCGGAUCUUCGCCGUACUGGAUGUGCAGCUUUGCGUAUAGCAAACUGCAAGCUUUUCCGGCUCCAGCUCCAGCAAGGAUUGUUCCGCAUCCGUGUUCCUUCUCCUUGAGAGAACUUCAGAAAACAGAGGAGAUGGGAAGAAUUUGAGAGGCACUCCACCAUUACAAUGUAGCUUUAUAUAAAGGAGAAACAAACAUCUUGCGGCAGAAACUUAAACUGUAUGCUCGGCUUUGGUAUGGUAUCUGUCCUGUUUUUCUUAACUGCUUAAAUGCUUAAGCCUCAGCAUUUGCUUUGGGGCAAGUCAUUGUACAUUGAGAAACAUGGUUGAGGAGGUAUCUUAAGUUCAGUUUUUCUAAAGAUACUAAAACAUGCUAUUGAAGCAGUUCCUUUGCUUCAAAUCAGGAGGAGUGGAUUUUUUAAAAAAUGAAACCUAUUGAAAUUGGGACAGUGGGGGAAUCAGUAAGGGACAUUUUCAUCAAGGAGAAUUGUUAUGAAUAACUAUGGUGUGUUGACAUUAGAUGACAUUGAUAACACAGGAAAUCCUGUAUGAAAACCGAUCUCACUAGUAUGCCAAAAGAGACUGUUAACUCUACUGUGGAGAAAGAUGGGCAGUUGCACCUUUUACUUCAAGGCCUUCCUGACAAUUUAAGGCCUGUGCCUGAAAGGAUAGAAUUGUACAUAUGUCACUUUUCAGUGUGUUUUCACUCCUAAUAAUCUUUUUAAAAACAUGUUUAAAAUGGACUAAACUGAGCUAAAGAUUUCGGUACAGUAGAGAACUGAGAGAUACAGAUUUUUUUUGUAAACCUUGUGUAUGUCAAAUGAUCUAAGAUGAUGUGUCAUAUGUGGACCAGCACAAAGCCACAUGCUGCAGUAACCGCUCACUUGAAAAACAGUGAGUGAGGUUGGGUGGGUGGGUGGGUAGGUGAAGGCUGGGCUUUCCAGAAUUGCCAUGCUAUUACUAUCAGCCAGUUUACGCAGCACACAAAUCUGAUUCUGAUUCUUUUUUUCUUUUUUUUAAGAGAAAUACAAUAAGGAGUAUUUUUCCAAACAACUUGAAAGUUGCUGCAGGUUUACAGGGCUGAAAACUUUAAUACCUAUACUAGUGCAAAAAGUGAGGAAUGUAAAAGACUGAUUUUUAACUUGUGGGGAGGGUGGAACUAUUAAGCAGUAAUACAUUUCAGACUUGCUCUGGAGAAUUAUAUUGGGAUCAAAAGCUGGUGUACAAAUGACCUAUUUCUAAGAUAUAGUUUUACUGAGUACUGUUGAACUUUAGAGUGCAGUUAUAGUGAAGAUUUUUUUUCUGGGUUUUUUUUGUAACUUUUUGCUCACAAAUAAUAAUAUUUAAUUGAUAGCAAUUUUUUGCUGGUAGAACACUGUUUACCUCACUACUUAAACUUUAUUUUGUUACUUUGUUAGUGAAACACAAUAAUUUAAAAAAACACGAAAUGGAAAAGGGCACAGUCUUGCACUACAACCUUUGCAAACUAUAUCCUUAUAAGAUUUAGUGCUUUCCACUUUGGAAAAUUGUAGGACCUCAGUUGUGCCUGUUGCACUGCAGUGUUGCAGGGCCAGAUGUUGCUCUUGUUUACGCUACCAUGAACCCAGAGGGGUGCCUGUUGUUCUGGUAACAUUGAAAGAGAAGUGACAACUAGUACCACACAACAAUGCUGUAUUAAUUCUGUUGGAAGAGACACUCCAGAAUCUAGGAAGUUUUGACAAGAUUAAGCACAUCUUAAGCCGCAACCCCAGAGUCGGUCACGGUCAGGGGUCCCUUUACCUUUACCCUUUAAGCCUCAUUUAGUUCAAGAGAAGAGAUUUACCACACAAUUUUGUGCAUGUCUAUUGUGAAAUAAGUCCCAUUAAGUUCAGUAGGUCUUGCUCUUCAGUAACUGUGUUAAAAAUUGCAGCCCUAAGCACAUGCGCAAUAUGUCCACUGCAUGUUAGCUUGAUCAUGGCAUUCGUUUUUAAUAAGAUAGGUCAAUCAUGUCACACUUACACAUAGAGUGUAUUCUAUGCAUUUGUGCCAUUGGGGAUACAAUUCAGAAAUUGAAGUAUCAGAAUUCUGACUCUGCUCAGAGGUUACAAUCGAGAAUAACAUUUGGCUUGACUCACGCAAGCAAUGGAACCACAACUCUGCCCCAGUGGGAGCUGAGAGAUGCUUCUAAGUGCAUUCAUAUAAUACUAUAGCAGGGGUCAGCAAACUUUUUCAGCAGGGGGCUGUCCUUCAGACCUCGCGGGGGGCCAGACUAUAUUUUGGAAAAAAAUAUGAACAAAUUCCUAUGCCCCACAAAUAACCCAGAGAUGUAUUUUAAAUAAAAGGACACAUUCUGCUCAUGUAAAAACACCAGGCAGGCCCCACAAAUAACCCAGAGAUGCAUUUUAAAUAAAAGGACACAUUCUACUCAUGUAAAAACAUGCUGAUUCCUAGACCAUCCGGGGGCCAGAUUUAGAAGACGAUUGGACCGCAUCCGGCCCCCGGGCCUUAGUUUGGGAACCCCUGUACUAUAAACUAUUUUCUCGUCAACUUAAGAAGUUUAGCAGAGAAUCCAAAGGCUGCCAUUCUUGAGUAAUCCACCCUCUUUUACAGUCUCCCAAUUUCCCCCCUCAUCAGCAAGUGGCCAACUUCUUCUGUAGCAGCUACUUAUACCUUACAGGCCGCUAUUCCCCACCCUGUUAUGCUUUGUGCUUUUGUGUUGAGGGCUUCUUCAAACAUUUUCAGGCAGAACAAAGGACUAGUGAUGGAUAAUCUUGAGUUGCUUAUGAUCCUAUUGGAGUGGCAGCAUAGGGAACUUAGCAGACAGUUUCCAACUUACCUGUGUGUUGUCCUCCCUUUGGAGUUAACUGAGAUGCACUCCAGUCUAAACAUCUGGACCAAAGAAGACCAGUUUAUGUACAAGUAAGAGGGAGACAACUGACAAAGGCAGAGAUGUGUGUAUUGUUUGCUUAGCUCGUGAGAAGCUGGUUCAUUAGAGGUGAUUAAGGGUACUUCCCGUUUUCGUUCAUGCUCUUUUGGGUGGAGUUUUUGGUGUGUUUGCAGCUCUGCCCUCUUAAAUUUGCUUUCUGCAUGUCUGUCCCUUUGGAAGUUAAAAACUGGGAAGAGUGCAGGAGUGGCCAAACCACCCCAAGAAGUCUCCUUUCCAUGGCCCAAGGCUGCCAGUUUCCCCAAGCAGCAGGGAACAUCCUAAUUCAGCCUUCCAGUGCCAUCCUUGGAACUGUUUUGACCUACACUCCCAUCAUCCUUGACUAGCUGCCACAGGCUGAUGGGAGUUGGAAGUUUAAAAAUCUGGAGGGCAUCAGGUUGGAGAGAGGGGUUGCUAAUUGUUUGGAGAGGCUGUCCUUGCCCUGUCCAUGUGUACCCUAGUGAAAUGCUAUUGCACCUUACUAAGGAACAAAAUUCCAUACGGUGAAUCUAAUGAUGUUGUGAGGAGGAAUCUCAUUUUGAUUUCGCUAACAUUUCAGAGUGUUGGUUUUCUUUUUAAAAUAAAUGCAAGGUUCUUGUUGAAAGAGAAACAGAAAACAUAAUUUAUACCUAAGGAAGAUAUCUUAGUCUUCUUGCUUUUGAGCUGCUGCACAGGAAAUAUUUAGGGUGAGAUGCUGCUACUGCUAUGUAUUGCAUUGUUAAAGCACACUUACCGUAACUGCAGACUGCAAUCACUCAAACCAGUGUUGACAAAAAGCUGUUGUUGGGUGCAUGUAGUUGAACAAAGAGGCAGCGUCUGAUUGGGAAAUGACUAGUAAUGAGUUGCAUACACGGGUACCAUUGACAGUCACUGCAGAGCAAUUAAGUCAGUUCAAUUUUAGGUACCUAAUAUUUGGUUUUGAGCUUUUCUAGAGGAACUUCCAGCUGAUGAGUUAGUAUAGUACGACUAACUGGUCUCAUUUGCCAGCCUUGGGAUCCUACAGUUAGCUACACAAGGAAAAGCUUCUCUGUCUACCAUCAUGGCCAUGUCAAUAUGUAGAAACAUUUUGCCACCUUGGAUCUUGGAGCCAAACUAGAUGUUGUGACAGCAGACCUGUGUUUUGGAAUUGGAUUGCUGCCUCAUAAAGUGGUAUUGUAGCAGUGACUUAAAGCUGGUGGGAGUGAGGGCAGAAAGUAACCUGCCCCCACCUUUUCUCCCCCCAUCAUCUCUCUCUGUGUGUUUUUCUCCUAGGGAGAAGCAAUUUCAAGGAGAAAGGCAUUGGAAAAGGGGUUGGUUUUCUACUUGUGGUACUAGUUUUGGUCCCUUAAAGACUAGGGUGCAGGUUCUGUUUAUUCCACUGGACCCUGCACAGAAUAAUAUCCAAUCCUUGGUUUUGAGUUUAGCAUAUGUUGCCUGCACUAACAAUGAUGGCUUGAUCUGUGCUUUGGUUGCAUAGCAACUAUUUAUGCUUCAUUUUGAUUGUGAAGUAAGCCUUAGUUAGCAUCGUACAAUAGGUGUGCUUCUGGAUGUAAAUCAAAACUACUUGUUUAUCUUAUGCAAACUGCUUUAUGUUCAGUUUGGAAAGAGCAAUCAAAGCCUGUUAAAAAUCUGAUUGGAAUCACCUCUGAAUCCUGAUUUAAAAUACAGUUAUAAUCAAUUUUAUCUUCACAAUUUUAAAAGUUAAGCGUGGAGAGAAUAUGAGCCGCAAUCUGCAAAGAAUGGGAUGUAUGUCAGAAUCCUUAAAGAGACAGCCAGUGGUACAAACAUUUAUUUAUUUGUUUGUUACAGCUUCUCUCCUUGAUACAUUUGUCAAUAUAAAGCUUCUGAAAGCAUUAGUUGCACAUAAUGCAGUAUGCAAUAACGAAAAUAAGUGCCAAGAGCCCUCUUUCUAUGCAGGUAUUGUGGAUCUCAUCCAUUAGAGUGCAGGGAUGUUUAAGACAAAAAGAAUGGUGGAAUUCUUUAGUGAAGAAACUUUGCACAUCUUAGAACUGUUCAAAUCAAAGUUCAGCAGGGUCUUAUUAUUUUGUCUUAAUUUAUACUCCAAAACUGCCUCAGAAAACAUCGCUGCCUAUGGGCACUCUACUGCCCCAUUGGUAUUCUAGUGCCAUGCAUUUAAAUAGUAAAUGGCAGCUGACCAUUUUUAUUUUUAACUUCGUAUAAAUAUUUAAAAGUGUGAACAUGAUCCAUUCCCUGUGGGUGUAUCUGGACUCAUGGGAAGGCUUCAUCAUAGGGCUCAGUGCAGCCUGCUUCUCUCCAUCUCCUUUCCAUGUGCUCUGCGGCAUGCCAGCAAUUGCUCUUAAUGAGAGCCUGUUACUCGCAAUGAGUAUUUCAUUGGCCAGGGCCCUUGGAAGAAGAGAGGUGUGGCUGGAUGUGUAUGUGAGAGCUGCAUACAGGACUCUCGUUGCAAGUUAUGGCUGAGAGCAGCAGUCCACAUACGCCAAGGAAGAGCGAAAAAGAAGAGAGUCCUUUCUUGAUCCCCAUGUCAGUCCCCUCCUGAAUCUGCAGCUCUUUCCACUGGGCAACAGAUCAUGUCCAGUGCAAUUUAUUUUAACUGAUUUUGCUUACAGAAGGAAAGUUGCGCAUCUCAGGUUCUGUAACCCUAAAUGUGAGUUACCAUAAAGGGGCACGAAGAACGGAUCAACUAUAAGAUUCAUGGACCUCAUAAUGAGUAUGCAUCAUUGUGCUUCUCCCCUAGCCUGAUUGUCAGACGUUGAAAAUGCUUCCAGAGAGUUCUGGCAUAUUUGGAGAUGGGGUCGUGUCUUGAUUUUAUUUAUUUAUUUUAUUUAUUUAUUGGCCUUGGUUUUCCACUGCAAUAUCAGUAUGAGCAGAAAUGAGGAACUGAAAAGAACUGCAAUUUGUUCUUAAUCCUAAAUUAGCCUGUUAUUAACUUGUUAACAUUAUGAAAUUGUCAACAUUUAAAAUAGUUUUGAGGUAUUUUUCUUCUAAAGAAGGCUCAAUAGUAAACAGGAAGGUAGGUUUUUUAACUGUUACUUAACUUAUUUUAUCAAGUGGUCUAUAUCCAACUUAUCUGGUAUAAAAGUACCAGAUGGAUCUGUUGUCUGGUUGCUUAAAUUACAAAUGUUUUACUUGAUGUGGGUGCAAUCCAGAGUCAUUAAAGUCGGUCUUCCGUUUGACCAUCAACUUGAUAUGCAUAGGAUUUUAAUGUUGUGGUCUUUCCCUUUUUAUUGUAAAAUCAUACUGACUGAUUUUAAAGUCUUGGUUGGUUUUGAAAGUUUGUUAACUAGGAAUGAAAGUUUAGCUGUCCCUUCAGAUUCCAUACCUAAUGCACACUAGAUUCUCCAAAUAAAACAUUCCUUAUCCUCUUUGCUAGAAUUCACCAUUUUAAUACUGCUUUGGCUAAUGUAACCAUUUAGUGUGUUUGAAUCACCUGGGACAAGCUUGGCAAUGCCAGUUAUCAUUGGCAUUUAACACUGCAGUCCCAUAAGCCCUUACCAGGGAGUAAGCCUCCUUGAACACAGUGGGCCUUACACCUGAGUUGACAUGCAUAGAAUUGCACUGUAAGUAUUCUUGCUGGAUAGUUAAUGUGUUAAUUGGGUAUUUCUCUAUAGGCGGCCUGUGGGUUCCCUUUAAUACUCUUAGUAACACAAAAAGGAACAGCUACUUAGCUUAACAGGAAGAAGAUUGAGGAGUGGCAUUUUUUCUUCUUUCUUUAGAAGCUAGCAGAAGGCCCGUCAUUAUAGUGGUGGUGGUGUGUGUGUGAAAGUAGGCUUUGCAUAUUCCAAAGGGUGCAGAACCACAUAGAUGUUGAAUCCUGCCAGGAAUACAGUGUGCAGGACACCCAGAAGAGAGGUCUUGGUGUUACUGUGCCAUUAUCCUCUUCUACUUCUCUGCUCCAGCUGCCAUCCAGACCUUCUUCUCUGAGUCUCCAUCACUUACCAACCCCUCUGCAAAAAGGGGAGAGAGCAAGACCCCUUCCGUUUCCAUUAACCCAGUUGUGUUAUAUCUAGUUUGUUAAUCAACUGAGACUGAAAAGUGGUUGGGUAUAAAUAUAACUCGGUAAGCUGAAAAGCUAUAGUUAGCUGUACAGUGUAAAAAUGAAAUUCAGCAUUCUGCUCCAUAUCAUGUUUUGACUUCAACUGCACUGAAGUAAAAAUUACUAGUGUUAUGUCAUAGCUUUAAUUUUUACUAUUAACUAUAGCAAAAUAAAACAACCAACAGGCUAAAGCAGGAAUUUCCAGCCUUUGCUUCUCAGGAAAAGCAGAACGAUUGCUUAACAUGUGUGCAAAGAUAACCUUUGCUUACCCUGUGUGGUACAGUCAGUUGUGUUUUUGUUCUGCUUGAUACCAAGAGCCUUGUUCUAUUCUUUAAAGGUGCUAUUUUGACAUAACUAUUGAAUUCUUUAACACUGUGCUUGAAAAAAAUUGAAUUGAUCCUUUACUUGAAUGUUAGCUAUCAGUUGAUGGUGAGCGGUUGCUCCUUUGUUCUUUCUUAGUUGAGGUCAGGGAAAUUGUCCAUAUUUAAUGUACAACUUUUCUCUGUGAACAGCCUCUAUACUGUCCAUACUUACACUCUUCAUGGAAUAAAAUAGCUGCCCUUUACUGAACAAUAGGCUUUUAUCUAAGUAUUGCUGUAAAAUGUUGAAGUGUUCAAUUUACAUGAGGAAUCUUUCCUCAUGUAUUUCAUUCCUGUGAAAUAGUUUUCUUGAGAUGCAUCCAGUUCCCAGGAGGUGUCAGAUAAGUAUGAAACAUUUACCUGAUGGAUUCUUAAAAAAAAAAAAAAGUUACUGGUACUUUGAAUGCACAGUACCUUCCUCUUGUAGGCUUUUGAGAAGUCCUAUACCAUUUCACCAAAUUAAUGAUGGAAAGUUAAGCUGCCCAUCCCCAAAUACAGUGAAGGUAGGAUAUUAAUGCGUGGAAAAUUGAAAGUUCGUCAAGUUUUCUGAAGUUAUUCAAUGGGGGAAGGAACGUGUCCAGAGCAGUUUUAGGCAGGUUGAUUUUUGGUGGCAAAAUUAUUCCCCACCCACUUCCCCCUGUUUGCAUAAUGGUCCCACUCUGGAUUGAAGCCUACCUGUAGCUGCUCUUCUUAAAAAGGAGAAAGGGCAGGCCAACAGUGACUUGUCUCUUUUGGAGGAAGUUGAGUGGAAGUUGUGCCUGUUAUGCCUAGUUGAGGAAGAGGGAGGCUUUUGUAGAGGUAAGAUAAAAGCAGGCAGCAGUACUUUAGGUUCCCUUCCCAAUUUUGGUGACAGUGGAGAAACAUGAAUUUAAUCUUCCAUGCCAUUUAUGAUCUCCCCGGGUAGGCUCGGUGUGGGGAAAACCUUUCAGUCAUUCGUUAUUAUUAUUAUUUUAACCAGAUGUUAUAACCAUCGGGGUGAAAAACACAAUACAGUUAAAUUGAUUCCUUCUUUGUCCUCAGGUUGUCCUUGCAAUUUCACUGCAUCAAGGCAAGGCUGCUAUUUUAGUAACUUUCUUAUCAUUGCCUGAUAAGGGAGAGAAAGAACUAGAACUUAACAUGGAUCAAUAAUUUGUUCAUGUGUUCUGAACCCUCUUAGUGGGACCUCUCAUUUAUUGACACCUCUCUGACUAGGUUUUUGUUUUUUGUUUUUACACCGGGAUUUGAAACUUUGUUUUUAUCAAUAACAAUUAUAGUUUGUCUUCUUCAAGCACAGAUACAUUCCUGGUUGGCACAGGAAACCCCACCAGUUGGAGGCUGGUUCAUACUUUGGCAGGAUGUUUCCCAUCAGAUCUGUAUUUCAUCAGUGUAGGUUUGGUUUGCUCUGUGCUGUAAGGCUGCCUGCUAUUCUGAGCUACACAUUUGCAUCCAUCCAACCACUGGAUACAAAAAUGAAAUAUCCUGAAUACUAGAAAAGUCUGAGGACAUCAUAGCAAAAAGACAGAUUGUGUGGUUUAAUUUUUUUAAUAAAGAAUAUGGGCCCAAUUUAAUGAUAAAUAAACAUGCAUGUAACAAACCUCCAAUAGAUCUCCACCCCACCCAUUUUCAGAGAAAAACGGUUUAGUAGGCCUCUGCCAGGCAGCUGUGUAUUUGGGGGGGGGGUUAUUGGGUGUCUGUUGCAUGUGUUUUAAAUGCAGCAUCUAAUUCAACCCUCUCUUUUCCAGUUGGAACUUAAGAUGUUUAUUCAACUUUAGAAAGACCUACGUAUGUUAUCUUUAUAAGCUAAUGCCAGCUUAUAGCAAAUUCAGGUAAAUCUCUUUUUUCCUAUACAGAUCCAUAGUGUAUCUGUAUGCAUUUCUGUGAAGAACUGUAUGCAUUUCUGUGAAGAGGAAGUUAGUAAACCAUAACCACCUCUCCACCUUCUUGUUCAGCUCAGCUAUGCAACUUUUGUUUGUAUGCUCUUCUGAAAGGGCUACGCAGACAAAAGAGAGCAACAACCUCUAACUUCUCUCUAAAUACCUGUGCUAAGAAAUGCCUUCUGCCUCACCUCAUUUGGCUAUUUAGCAUCUCCAGUCAAAGUGAUUAGUCCAGAUUUGGAAGGGAGUUGGUUUCUUGUUUCAGCUGAAAUGCAUUCAGAAAUGCAGAGGGGCAGGCAGGCAGACUGGCUAGUGGUUUUUUGUGUUCCAUUUACCUCUGAGCAAGUAUUUCAUGAGCAAGUAUUUCACGUCAUUUGUGGUGUUUGAGCUGCUUCACUGUUUCACUUAGCACAAAUGAAAUUAAUUGUUUUUUUGUUGUCUCUUGUUAAUCUAAAAAUUGCGUUCCAGAGAAAGUUGUAUGCAUAUAAGCUUUGUUGAAAUAAAUGGGAGAGCACUGUUUUUAACCCUGUAUUUAUAGCAUCAUUUGUUUCAACAGGACUUCAGUGCAGCUAAUUUUCUGUGGAUUGUGCUCACAGCUUUCUUUCAAUGAUCUCAAAGAGAACUUAGAUUUAAAUACCAUGUUUCUUUUCUUAAUUGAAAAAUGCAUUAGAUACUAGGAUUUUAAAUGUAGUUUGACUCUGUAUAGCCAAGCCAAAAGGUAAUUAUACAUUUCUUACUCUUCCGACACAUCCACAGUGUGUGUUAACAGAAAUGCAGGUUAUUUAAGGAAACAUGCAAUUUUUGUACUUUGUCAAAGUGGCCUUUUUAGAGGAAGCACACAGUACAUUGAUUAACGUUGUGUAGCUGUAUAAUUGCAGAGGAACUUUUUUCGUAUUGUAUUGACAGAAUUUGUAUACAUUUUUCAAAAUAAUAUGCUCUUUUGUUUAGAAGUGUGUAGACAUAAUGGGCAAAAUCCAAAAUAGUCCAUUCCACAAUUCCCAUCAUUAUAUAUUUUGCUUGGCUCUGUAUAUGUUAUGGGCACCCCACAGCCUACAGUGGCAUGUGUAUCCUCUACAGACUAUUCCCUAGUAGUGAAGGGAAUGGACCAGCUCCUUCCUCCCAUGCAAUAUGAGACUUGCAAAGUAUCAGGGCUGUUAGAUGUCUAUGAGAAGGCUGUUAACUCCAUCCACUUAGUUUGUAUAUUUACAAUAUUAAGGUAGUGAAUCGUAGACAUGAAGUGCAGCUUUAAGACCCUAGAUGUACAGAACUAUCUCAUAAAUGUAUGAUGUCUUCCAUUGGGGGAAGAAGAGAGAAGCUUCAGAGUUGUCAGACGCAAGCAAUUUGCAAAAAUAAGACGUUAUCACUACACAUAACCAGCCUGGGGGAUGCAGACCACUCCCAGCUUUUGAGACCCCUGGCCAUAAAAAUAAAAUAAAAUUGAUAAUACGCAAAAACAGAAUAAGGCACCAGAAAUAGGAAUUGAGUAUAAUUGGGGGGGGGAUGUAUUUAACAAAUGUUUUUCUAUCCUUUUUAAAAUUCAUGAUACUUGGUUCUUGAUGUUUAUGGCUGACCUGCUGCAUUUCCAAAAACUUUAUUUUUCUUGCUAUAGCUGCUGCUUGUACUUGCCAUCUUGACAGUUAACAUGAAAAAUCCAGAAAUUUUAAUGGUAUGAGAAUUGGAAUCACACAAAAUUAUCUAUGCAUAUAUUCUGUUGGUUAGUGCUCAGUUUGCUUUCGUCUAUGGAUUCUACUAGAUAGCAUUAGGGGAAAUGUUGGCAAACUGAAUAAUUGGAAGAGUCAUACAAGAAUAGGUUUCUGGGUUAGAUUUUUAAAUGGGAUGUAAAUGUCCCUUAAGUUAUUUAUGCAGUUCCACUGGAGUGUUUGCAAUGCUAAGUAAGGCCUUUAGAUUGCGGAAAAUAAUAGCAGUAAUAAUAUUAAUAUCCUUGAUGUUGUCGAUGCUAAUUCACAAUUCUCUGCAAACCAUAAGGGAAGUCAGUGUUUACUAGUGGACCUCCAAGAUCAUUGUUUUGUCUGCUCGGUCAACUGGGUUUGUUCAGAUAUCAUAUGUCUCCACAAGACACUCCGAGGAACCCUCUCCUGUGCUGAAUAGAUGGCAAAGAAGAUCCAAACCAAUAUGUGCAGAUAUGGCUAGAAACUACAUUGAAAGCUGUUGGGUGGAGUUAAUCCUGAGCUAGCAGGCCCAGUGCUCCAGACUUGGACCACUAGCAACUUUCCCAUCACCUCGGGGUCAGUUUUUUUUUCCCCCUAGCCUCACUAGCCAACAUUCCACCAUACCACAUCUGCAUCUACAUAGUACAAAGCCAGGCAGAAGAAGUUGCUUUAAAAAUUUUUUUUUUAAAAAAAGUUAGUGGAAUGCUGCUGGCUGUGAUUUUAAGCUUCCAGCAGGUUCUUGGUAAACUCAUAUGGCAUCUGAACAAAUCCAUCGUUAAGUAUGCAUGGCUUGUUUUUUCGUGAUUUUGUUGUGUAAGGGAUCCCACAUCUCUUGCUAGUUGAGGAGGGGGGUUAUUUUUUUAAAAAAACAAAAUGUAAGAACAGCUGAAGUUGGGCUAAUUUGAAUGUUAAGCAUGCUAACUUGUACGGUUAUGUUUGAAGAAGAAGAAAAACGUGCAAUUCUGAAGGCACUUUGUGAUCAGUUUAUGAAAAAUGGGCUUUGCAAUGGAACAUAUGAUAUUAAUGCGUAAUUAAUUAAUAAGUAGUGUUGUCUUUGCUACCGUAUCUGUAUAUCCUUCUCAAGUGUUUUGUCAAUGCCUCUUUUUUUAAAAUGUUGUGCUUCUAAGAAAUCGUGUUCAACUUUGUUAAUUAGCUGAGAAAAAACAGUGGCUGUGAUUCAAUGUGAUGCGCACACGUAACACUUAAGUACAGGGGUUUCUCCCAUUCUUUGACCAGUGGAAUUCUCUGCUCCCAGUGGGAAAUUGCCUUAUACUCGUAAUGUGUUUCUCUUCCUAGAAUAAAUAUAGAUGUAACAUUUGAACUAAGGUCACAAAAGGUCUUUCACCCAUAUCUUAAUCUUAUCUAAAGCAAAACUACAAAUAUUUCAUGAACAGCUGCAGUAUUGCUACAGUGAAUUUGUGGGGAAGAAAGGAGUGUGUUGGUGACAUCUCAAGUACUAGCCAGUUGGCACUGUUCACCUAGGACUUUUCUGUGUGCACCUGCCCUGGGACGGAAAAUUUUAUGCUUGGAUUGUUCGGAUGCUCCCAACCCUCCUCCCAUGUUAGAUCAGGCCAAAGGCCCAUCUAAUCCAGCAGCCUGUUCUCACAGUGGCCACCCAAUGGGAAAUCUGUAAGCAGGACAUGAGUGUGAUGCACUCUCCUACCUGUGUACCCCUGCAACUGGUAUUCAGAGCAAUACUGCCUCCAACAGUGGAGAUAGAAUAUAGCCAUCAGGGCUAGUAGCCAUCGAUAGCCUUAAACUGAUAAAUACACAUGCUUGUUGCUCUGCAAAGUUUAUGUCAGCCUUCAGUCAUCAAAGAGAAUCCUGUCUGUGAAUCAGAGUUUAUGGGGUGUUGGAUCAUGCUGAAUAUCUGAGCUUAUUUGCUUUAGGAUCAUUUUCACAUGUCCUUUGUCCAUCAAUCUGUUUUCAUGGAUAGCUUUGCAUGGCAGCCAUUUAAAAAUUAAAAUUCCUUAAUUCUUGUUGGUAAUACUUUUGAGGUUUACAUAUUGUAAAGAUGCAAAAAAGGGAUACAAAACAGUUCUUGGAUUAAGUAGCACUUUGUUUACAUGUUCAGUAUAAUGUUGGGCAAGUAAGGGUCUUUUAUUUUUUUUAUUUUAAUUUAAAGCACAUAAAUUGUGCUCCAGGGGCUUUGUAGCCACUGUGUGUAAAUUUGGUAUAAUGAUGUUUUAAGGACAGGUGAAAGUGUGUGAUAUUUUUUAAUGUAGUUUGUAUUGACCGGGUUUUAUAAAAUGUAAGAAAAAGAGUGUUGUAUUUUGACCUGAAAUCUGUGUACGGUAAAGUCACUUUGCUUUAUGUAUUGGAGGUUUGUUGAAAACUUGAACUAUUUUAUAGAAGGGUGCAGACCAAAAUUGAAUUGUCUUAAAGUUGAACUAACCAAAUAAACAUUUUAUGGUUUGCGUA